AUGUCACGCCGCGGCAGAAACAACAUCACUGGACCGUCUUCGGCACUCACUUCCUUCUUGAGGGAACAUGGUAUCACCGCGCGGCAUAGCUACUUUGGACGUGCGGACCAAGCUCCACCAGCCGAACCUACCCCAGCAGGCGAUGAGGAACAGCCCGCAGACGAAGAAGAAAACGCGUCAGCCUCGCAAACCCCGGCAAGAAAUAACUCUGGCUACGCAUCCGACAACCUCGACGAAUCCGCAGAGGAGGCGAGCCCUCCAAAGAAGAAACGAAAGCUUACCAAAGCAGCCGAGGCAAAGCUCAAGGCAAAAGAGAAGGCGGCUUUGGACAAGAAGGGCGAGUCUAGUGGUAGUGGAAAAAGAAAGAAACUUGAAGACGAGGAAGAUGACGAAGACGACGAUCCUUACAAGGCAAAAUCCAAAGGAAUGAUGAGCGAAGCAGUUGGAAAGGUGGCUCCUAUUGGCACAUUCCAAAACUGUGCUCAGUGCGGCAAGAAGUUCACGGUCACGAAGUAUACUCUUUCCAAUGAGAGUGGUAUGCUGUGUCAUGCAUGCGCCAAAGCGUCCGGAGCCGAUCCCUUCAAGAAGCCGGCACCUCGUAAACGCAAGGACCCGGCAGAGAAGCGAACGGUCAAGAACUUUGAAGAGGUAGAUACUGUUAAGCCACUUACUAGCUUAUGCAUCAACAUUAUUGGCAAAUACAUCGAUCAAGUCGAGGAGCUUGGUGACAUUGGGACUGUCAACAUGGAUAGGAUAUGCAAGAUUGUCUCGAAGACACGAUCUCUCACAGAGCACAAUGUCCGACUCUUCUAUGAUGCUUCAAACACGUCCCUCGUUAUUUACGAUGCAACCAAUCUUCAGGGACCUGCAUAUGAGACAUUGGCCUACUUCAAUCCAAACCUGGAGCGUCUUACCCUCCAUCUUUGUGGACGAAUGGAAACGCCCACCAUUGAUCAUUGGUCAACGUCGCUUCCGAAUCUCAAACGCCUUGAGCUGAUCGCACCCUUUCUGGUGCGAGACGACGCGUGGCUCAAAUUCAUCCGUGCUCGUGGUCCCCAUUUGACCGGAUUUCUCAUCACCAACGUCCCCCGUUUCACUCGAGAAUGUCUGGAUGCUCUUAUUGAGCACGCUCCACAACUCCAAGAGCUUCGGCUUUCCGACAUUAUCAAAUUUGAGGACAGUUGGCUCGAGCCCCUCGCACAGCUUACCAACCUGACGAGUCUGGAUAUCUCCACCGAUCGAUCCGGUAGGGUGAUACUCUCCUCAGCUGCAGUCGUUGAGCUCCUCAAAUCACUCGGGAGGAACCUUGCUCUGCUCGACCUCAGCGGACACGAAGACCUAGAGGACGCGGUCCUUACGGACGGUAUCGCCGCCAACUGCAAAUCCUUGACGGAUCUUUCGCUUUCUCUUCUCCCAUUGAUUACUGAUGAAGGUAUCGCGGCGAUGUUCAAGCAGCUCCCUUCCACCAAUCAACUGGUGCGUCUAGACAUGUCUCGCUGCCAUGGUGCUGCGUCACUUGCUCUAGCCGCACUUCUUGAGCACUCGGGACAUACUCUAGUGUCCCUGGAUAUCAAUAGCUGGAAAGAAGUCGAUGAAGACGCACUCAAGCUCAUAGCAGCAAAGGCACCGAAUCUUUCAACGCUUGAUGUUGGAUGGUGCAGAAACGUCAAUGAUAUUGUCAUUGGUAGUCUCAUCAAGGCAGACCAAACUGGAACCACGGCGCUCAAGAGGAUCAAUUGCUUUGGCUGCAACAGAAUCACAAACAAUUGUCCGAAACGUAUUGGAGUCAGCAUGCACGGCGUCGAGUCGGACGUUCGCCUACAACGACUUUGA